AUGGACGGACGUCCACAUCGUUCCGUUGAGCAAAUCGAAGUGAUCGAACAUCAUAUAGUCGAAGAAGGACGACGUCCAAUUGCUGGGGCUAUUGGUGCUAUUGGAUCCAGCGGGGCGUUACCGCCGUACAGUACCGUACGAAGAUCAACAGAGAGUUAUGAAACGAGAGAUGUCCCUCUGGAUCGAAGAAAAUUGAUAUUGUCAAAAUUAUUCGUCUACCAAGUGCUCGCAGAUUUAGGUCAACAGAUCGAAGUGACCCCCACCCGUAGUCAAUUCUAUAGCUCUGGGCAAGGAUUAGAUACUUCCGCCAGCCGACUGUAUACAUCCGGGCCACAGUUGGACACAUCCGGUGGAAGUCGAGCGGGUCAGCGGGUCGAGUUCGGGGACCUCUCCGGAAAUACCGUUGUCAAUAACUAUGGCUAUGAUGUGCAUGAGAUUCACACGUCUGAAGGCGGUGCCCGCGUUGUUGAAACACACGGCGGUGGACCAAUUAUGGAAACGUCUCGAUUGGAAAGCACAAGGAUAGAAGAGGUGGUCGAACGGCCAUUACCACAACCUCCACGUCCAGCUAAUGGUUUCGCCCGAGACCAUAUGGGAUACAUACCGGUUGCAAAGGCACCGUCCGGAGUGUUGCGAACUUCUUCACAAAGUCAAGUAUUUACCGUCCCUUCACCUCAAAUCGCUCGAACAGAUUCAUGGCGACAAAUACAACAGAGCGAUCACGAUGCAUUCGUCAGAAAAGACAGCUACAGAAAAAUGCAGCAAUCUGACGAACUGAUGGGAUCGGUAGAAAACUCCAAAUCCUAUGCAGUAAGUGGCGAUCCUCAAUCGCAGACAUCUCUUGUGACUCGCAGCUCAAGUCAUCGACGAGAAGAAGAAGAACGCGGUGGUGGCUGGUGGCAGCGAACUAAAGACUACCUCACACAACUUUAUCGUAAUACUCGAGAACGUGAAUUUACUCCACGUCUACUCGCAAGUUUAUGUUGUAUUCUGUUGCUGUUGUUAUUGUUCUUCAUCCUUCUAGGAAUUAUUCUAAACGCUUUGUUUAAUACAUAUUCUGUAAGCGAAUUCUUACUAUAUCCACCAGUCUGUGACGAUUGUCGUCGGAAAGAUCCGAACGGAUACUCAGCAUCGCUGCCAUCGUCUGUCUUCGUUCAUUUUUAUUCUCCACAACAAGCGCACUUCGAAUUGCGCGGAAAUUCGCCAUUUAAGAGCAAUUCAUUCACUGCCAUUGACUUCCAAACGGGUUACAUAGCCAUUGCCGAUCAUGCCUUGACGGAUGCGAAUGGUCGACAUACGGUAUGCUUCAUUAUGCCACUGGAUCGGUCAGCUAUCCCAAGUAUGGAUGCUUUGAAGGAAGCUGUUAGUGAUAGUGACUACGAGAUCCAAGCACAUUUUGGAUGGCAAGAGUUUUGGCAGUUUGACGCAGAACCUAUAGAGCCGGUUGCCGCAAACUCCAAAUUCACGGACAAAAUCGAAGACUGUACCAAUGCCAAGUGGUAUUUCUUGAAGCAAGCGGUUCAUAGUAGAGAUGCCUCUUGCUCUGACUGCUAUGACUUUUGUCUUCCCGACUGGGCAGUGGUACGAAAAGAGAAGUAUGAAGAUCAGAGUACGAUUGGAGUGCGACGACUGGACUGCUUCCGAUUGUACGUUCCAGAGUGGAGAAACUUUAGGGUUGAAACUGACCCAUCCGGUGGACAUUUCCAGUAUCCUUUGGCUAGCCAUGACACAAAGAGAGACAAGAGCGGUAAUUGGGUUUCUUGGGUGCCCACAAACUACGCUCAGUCAAGAACCCGGAGAAGAGUUUAA